AUGGAGCGGCUGACGUUGCCUCCUGGCGGCGUGGCGGCCGUGGACGAGUACGUGGAGUAUCGGAGAAUUGUUGGUGAGGAUGAUGGAGGGAAACUUUUUACUCCUGAAGAAUAUGAAGAAUACAAAAGAAAAGUUUUACCUAUGCGCUUGCAGAACCGAUUAUAUGUGAGCUGGCGAUCACCAACUGGAAUGGAUUGUAAACUUGUGGGCCCAGAGACUCUGUGUUUUUGUACACAUAGGUAUAAACAACAUAAAACUGACUUUGAAACGAUACCACAGCAGCGCCCCAUCAGUCUGCCUUGCCGAGUGCCUGGCUGCCAGUGCAGGGCUUACCUGUAUAUCCCUUUGAAUGGUACACAGCCCAUUCGCUGCAGAUGCAAGCACUUUGCUGAUCAGCACAAUGCUGGACCUGGCUUUAUGUGCACUGCAUGUUCCAAGUGUUCAGGAUUUCAUAGCAGCUUCACUUGUGCUUGUGGUCAGCCUGCAUAUACCCAUGACACAGUAGUGGAAACUAAGCAAGAAAGACUGGCUCAACGAAAACCAGUAGGACAGGAUGUUCCGUAUGCAGCAAUGGGAGGAUUAACUGGCUUCAGCUCACUGGCAGAAGGCUACAUGCGAUUAGAUGACAGUGGAAUUGGUGCACCCUCAGCUGAAUUCUUAGACUCUCCAGUUACAGCCGUGGACCACAUGUUUGUAAAAGCAUUUCAAGCAUCAUCUAGUUCUUCACAAACAAAACCAACAGAUGAAGGCACAAGUAGUCAAGUUUCUUCCUUAAGGAGAUCUGAAGAGGAUGAUAUGGCUUUCUUUGAAAGACGAUACCAGGAAAGGAUAAAAUUGGAAAAGGCUGCUAAGCAGAAAGGAAAAGCAUCAUUGUCAUCAACUGCAAAACCUUCAUGA